AGAAGCCCGCGGUGCAUUUUGGGUCAGUAGCAUGUCCGUAGGAUGCACCGAGACCAACCUACAAUGUGGGCGUGUCUAGCAUCUGAAGUAGUAUCUGAAGUAGCAUGCUACUCGCUCCGGUGGCCAAUUCGGACAUGCUAGAUACUACUUCGACUACUACUUCGACUACUACUUGGCAAUUCGGACGCAGCUCGGGUGUUUUGGACCGAGCUGCGAAGCCUCUCGAAGGUCUUUACGCAUGUGCAAAUUCUACUUCCGUGGCACGACGUAAUCCGGAAGUUGUUGUCUUUCGGAGCGCUUUUCUUCAAAACAUAUCCAUGUGGGUGUGUGGGUUACAUCUUAUAACAACUAAUUUGUGUGCACUGUUUGUUUUUCAUUAGCUUUUUAAACGUUAUGUACCGUUGAAGCUUGAUGGAGAAAGCUAUUUUCAGUCGUUUUUUUAAACUUUGCGAUUCCCUGUUAGCCUAGCUUAAAAGAGCAACAACAGCCGGCAGAAUGUUUGUCUGUCUUUAAGUUCAUUUUUCCUUUCUAACCAUGCGAUUUCCAUUGAAUUCAGGGGGGCAUCCAGUUGCUGUGACACAUAUAUAAACCCGCUUAACUUAUUUGGCUUUAAUAAGUUUUGUUAAGUCUAUCUAAACCUGUUUUGUGUUCUUUUUUAAUCAAUUUUAGAGACACUAUGCCUCUGUUGACUCAAUCACAAGCCGAUGAUGAAGAGUACGUUUUAGUGGCCAGCUUAGACAAUGCUCGAAAUCUGUCAAACAUCCUGAAAGCCAUCACUUUUAAAGACCAUGCCAUAUUCAGCGCCACUCCAAACGGCCUGAAGGUGACUGUGGAGGACUCCAAAUGUAUGCAAGCCAAUGCUUUCAUCCAGGUACGACUGCCAAGCAUUGGUUGUAAUGUUCAUGUGUUAAUAUAGAUGUCCUUGAUGUUGUUUAUGAAUCCCCGGUGGUGGUUAUUACUGACAGUAAGGAACAUAUCUUGAAUUCCAGGCUGAGAUUUUCCAAGAGUUUACCAUAAAGGAGGAUUUGGUGGGCUUCCAGGUCAACCUGACAGUUCUGCUGGACUGCCUCAAUAUCUUUGGAGGGAGCACUGUGCCAGGUACGUAUAAACUAAUCUUGAAUGGGGGGUGAGCAAAAGGAGGAGAUUAUUUUUUAUACCAGAGAAAAUCUAGAAUGUGUGUUGGAGGUGGCAGGGAAAGAAAUGAAAAAAUCAGACAUUGGUUUGAUGUAGGUAAAUUAUCUCUGGGGGGGAUAGAGCCUUCUCCGUUGCCGCCCCCAGCCUCUGGAAUUUACUCCCCAAACCCAUCCGAGACUGUACUGACCCCCACACUUUUAAAUCCCUCUUAAAAACACACCUUUUUAAAUUGGCUUUAAAAUGGUGAAUCUGUUGUUUUAUUGUGUCUUUUUGAACCUUUUACAUCAUUGAUUUAAUUUCUCAUUAUUUUCUGUAUUUUAAAUUUUUUUUUUUUUUUUUUUCAUUUCUUUUUCUUUUUCUUUGUAAGGCGUCUUUCAGCACCGGUAAAGGCGCAUUAUAUAUAAAAUGUAUUAUUAUUAUCUUUAAAUAUUGAAAAAACAAACUUUGUGCUAUUGGGCAACAAAGGCAAAAACAAAAAAAAAACAAUACAAGUGGAAGUCAAUUGUGUUUAGCUGAUUAAUAUAUUAUGAAAGAGGGGCAGACUCUAAAAGGGUUUUCUUCUUUCUGCUCCUUUUCAUUCACAUGUCUGAGAUUUUUCCUUGUUUGUUUUGUUCGUAUUUUAAUUAUUAACUGAAUGAAAUAAAGUAUGAAAAUGAAAAAUGAAAUGUUGCCAUAUUUAACUGUAUUCAGCUCUAGUCCUUUAUUUAUUUUUGCUAUGGUCCCUUUCCAAGUAUGUUCUAAUAUUUUCAUUGUCUCCCACAUGGUAUGUUGCAGGAGUAUCGACAGCGCUGCGGAUGUGCUAUAAGGGAUACGGUUACCCUCUGACCCUAUUCCUGGAGGAAGGUGGGGUUGUGACUGUGUGCAAGAUCAACACUCAAGAACCAGAGGAGCCAAUCGACUUUGAGUUCUGCAGCAGCAAUGUUACAAACAAGGUGCACUUUUCAAAUCAGAUAUCUGAUAGAUGAAAGCCUCUGUGCAUCAUUGAUUAAAACCCUUGUAUCACUGGCACUUUUCAAAGGUGAUCUUGUUGUCAGAGAGUCUGAAGGAAGCCUUCUCUGAACUGGAUAUGACCAGUGAAGUGUUGCAGAUCACCAUGUCCCCCAACCAGCCAUACUUCAGGUGUGUUUUUUAUAUUUAAGACAUAUAGUCCUCUUUAAAUACAUGUUUCUUUUGAUUCUUAAAGUUGAAGGAAGUUUUUUUGAGUGAAACUUAUCCAAUAUAGAUUUAAAUUGAUCCAUUAUUUGGCUCUUUUCUUCAGGUUGUCUACAUUUGGGAACUCUGGAAAUGCCCAUUAUGAUUAUCCUAAAGACUCUGACAUGAUGGAGCUGUUCAAAUGCACAAAGACACAAACCAACAGGUAGGCACAGAAAAUCUAACUUUCCCGUUAGGCCCUUGAGGUUAACAAAAGAAAACAUAACAGAACAAAACCAGCAAAAAUGUGGGCAUUCUCUCCCACUUCAUAAUCAUAUUUACCCUCAAAGUUAGGAUAAAUGAUUUGUCAAGCAUGUAAUGUUGGCAAGAAAGACAGUUUUCAAACUACCUAUUUUAAAGUCCCCUGUUUUUACUCACUAAAUGAACUGCAACCAUGUCUAAAUCAUGUCUACCUAUAGCCCUGUGUACUCAUUUAUGUCUGUUAAUGUUCCGGUACUAACUGUCAUUGAAGCCUAACUUCUCUUCCGCUCUGUCCGUUAUCUGUAACAGGUACAAGAUGUCUCUGCUGAAACCGUCCACUAAAGCUCUGGCUCUGUCCUGUAAAGUGUCAGUGAGGACAGACAGCAGGGGCUUCCUCUCUCUGCAAUACCUGGUCAGGAAUGAUGACGGACAAAUCUGUUUUGUGGAGUACUAUUGUUGUCCUGACGAGGAGGUCGAGGAGGAGUGAACACAGACCAUUCAGUGUACCUUGAAGGAUAGACGAGGACCUCACAGGCAUAAUGAACAAACUGGAAAGGCUGUUUUGACUAUUGUUUUGCCAAAAACAUUGGUGUGGAGCACUGCCUCUGGAUUUGUGCAAGACAGUGAGCACUUAUGUGUGGACUACUUUCAUAGCAAUUUUCAUGUAAAAUGUGCAGUUACUGUUGAAUAUAUUUACCUAAACUCCCAAUAUUAUGGGUUUACAAAUCUGUCUGCGUCCAAUACUCAAUGUCAUCUUUCUGUGGCAUGUCCUUUCUAUAUACUCAUGUAGUUAGCUGUUUGAUAGCCCAUAAAAACAAUGACACACCUGA